CAAACAAUAAAUAAUAAAGAUAACAAAGUCAAUAAGGGAAGCCCAAAAACCCAAAGCAAAAGCUUUGACAGCCAUUCUUGCCUGCACAGCAAAUCCAACACUUUCACAAACUCCAUUAAAUUCCAUCUCCAUAACUUUUCAAACUUCUAAAAUUUCUUUGUUAAUCUGUGAUUUUGCUUCUGUUUAAUCGUACAUCUUACAUAUAUAAGUUUUGGUCAAGCCAAAAGUCAAUUCUUAUUGGCAUAUCAAUAUUUAUCUCUUUGUAUCUUCGGAAUUUAGGAGACUGGUGGAUCGGUUGUGAAUUUCAGGAUUUUAAGAGGGGUUAUGGUUCAUGUUGCUUACUAUAGUAGGCGGCUGAGGAGUAACUGAAUUAUAUGGGUAAUUUAUGCUGCUUCAAUUCUCUCUUCUCGCAGCUUGCAGGAGGACGGUCAUCAUGUAGCUCUGGAAAAGGAAGAAGCAAUCAAGGGCCUACAAAGUAUGGUUUCAGCUUGGUUAAGGGGAAAGCUAGUCAUCCCAUGGAGGAUUUCCAUGUUGCUAAAUUCGUCCAGUUGCAAGGACGUGAACUAGGACUUUUUGCUAUUUAUGAUGGGCAUUUGGGAGAUAGUGUUCCUGCCUAUUUACAGAAGCAUUUGUUUUCCAAUAUCUUAAACGAGGAAGAUUUUCGGAAUGACCCUCAUAGGGCAAUCUUAAAAGCAUAUGAGAGAACAGAUCAAGCUAUUCUUUCACACAGUCCUGAUCUUGGAAGAGGUGGUUCCACUGCUGUGACUGCAAUUCUUAUAAACGGUCGUAAGCUAUGGGUAGCAAAUGUUGGAGAUUCCAGAGCAGUGCUCUCUAGGAGGGGUCAGGCCAUCCAGCUAUCAAUUGAUCAUGAACCAAACACUGAGCGAGGCGACAUUGAAAACAGAGGUGGUUUUGUCUCAAACAUGCCAGGUGCUUCUCACAUGCUGUGUUUUUCUCUUCUUUUAUAAGUGUGCACAUGCUAUGGCUACUCCUGUAGAUGUAGUGUUGUUUCUUUUCUAUAUUCAAUGUAUCUUGUAAUACAAAUUGAAAUGGCCUGAAUUAGUUAUUUCCUUAAGUCCUAACUUGGUUCAUACAUAUAUAUUACCUUAGUCAUAGGCCUGUAUGGUCCCUCUUCAAUUAUUCUUAAUAGAGUAGAUAUUGCCGUUCCUUUUUCUUUUGGUGUGUGGUAAGAUUUCCUUUUUUUGGUUUAACUAUAUGGCAUUCCGAAAUCCAUUGGACUGACUAAUCUGGAUUCGUGCCUUAGGGCCCAUUUAAGGGUGAGGUGCUCCCUACCAUGAAAUACUCCAUUCUUAGGUAUGGCUGUCCAACGGGACGGGAUAAAAUUAACGGGACGACAUUUAGCCAGGACGGUGGCGGGACGGGACGAAAUGGGACGGGACAAACGG